UCUUAAAAAUAAUAUUCAAUGAUACCCGAUGGAUAGUUCUUAGCCGAAUCUCCGACCGACAACAUCCUGCCGAAAUGUUGAAAUGUGUUAUUGUGCUCGCCGUAUCAAGUACAAUAUCAGCCUUCGUCUUCGACAAUGACACGAACACUUUAAACUCAACAAUCGUCAAAAGUGAACGCAAUUUUGUAAGUGCCUGUGGUGACGUCUUUUCGAAAAAGCAAUUCGUCUUGGAAUCCAUAAACUAUCCAUCAUCCUAUCCACCGAACUCAGACUGCUCCUAUUUAAUUAAAGGCCCGUACUGUCCGACGUAUUUCCAGUUCCAGUUUCUGGACUUCCAACUGGAGAACUCAGUGGGAUGCACCAAGGACAGGUUGGAGGUUGAAAACUUGGACGCACUGUGUGGCAGCAGGUCGGGCAUUAAAAAUUACUUUUCUGAGACUGGGGCCCUUCAAGUACACUUCAAAAGCGAUGGCGAAGGAUCAGGACGUGGAUUUAAGAUAUCAGUGACGAGGCUACCUUGUAACGUCAAACCGGACCAACAAAAUGACGGGACUCCACCUGUUAGUGGUACCACUGAGCCUGCUUUGCCCAACAAUUUGACGAACAGGGGGAAUUUUAACCCGGGUGGGUAUUUACCCCCCGACAAUCAACGUGCGUGUUGCAACAACAUAUACAAAUCAAAAGCUUCGAUUGUGGUGUCUCCAAACUUCCCUUACUCCCUGAAUUCCCCCAGUGACUGUUGCUUUAAAAUUGAAAGAUACAGUGAGCAAGUGUGCAGGCUGAGAAUCGACGUCAGUUUCUUCAACCUAGGCAUGCAAGUUUACAACACGUGUCCAGAAGGAUACAUCCAAAUAGACGGCAAGGUAAUAUGCGGGUGCAAACAAAAUCUAAAACUAAUUUCCCAGUUCAACGAAGGGGAAACCUUCAAAACGAUACGGUUUAAAACUCCCGGAUGGGGUAGACAAUUCAACACCGGAUUCGUCCUUCACAUCACCCAGGACGAAUGUCCCAAACGAUACACUCCAGCCCCACAAAAAUUAAGAAACCAAUCUGCCCACUUUGCCAAUGACCAGAAGAACACGGUGGCUUGGCCUCAAGACGACCAUAAAACAUUCAAAAACAGGCUGAAUUUUAUCAAUGAACGGACGGAAAUCCUCGAUGACCACCCAAACAAAGUCAACACUGUGGAAACUAACGACGUGAUCAAACACUUUUAUUAUUUUGUCCACCCUGAUGAGGUAAAACACAAAUAUAGAGACGUGGAGGAGUCGUCAUACAUUUAUACAGUCAACAUUGACUACAUUUUGCCUGAUGACAAUAAUUUUAAUUAUUGUUGGACCUGGAAUUAUUAUCAAAUAAAUAAUCUGUUAUCGAUUUAUGGAGAUGGAGCACUGAAAUGUCAAAAAAAUGAUCAAAACAACGAGGUGACCAACAAUGAAAAUUGUGUGGAUUUAAGUUAUGUCAGGGGUUAUUUUAAAAGUCCUGGAUAUCCUUCAUAUUAUCCUCCAAGUACCAGAGUCUGUUACAGAUUUCGUAAAGAGCCCGGUUAUUGUGCCAUCAGAAUCUACAUGAACGACUUCCAACUUGAACACAGCCCAAAUUGCCACAAAUCUUACAUGUCAUGGUCCAACGCCUACAAAUACUGUGGAAACAGUCUGCAUAACGUAAUAUCAACAGUUGAGUUCAACGAUAGACCCGAAAUAGUGGCGAGGUUCGUGUCGAAUGGGGAGAAUUAUUAUUGCGGUCGUGGAUUUUUCGGAGUGUACGAACAACUCGCCUGUCAAGAUACGAAUUUUCCAAUUACACCAGCACCACCCCCGUAUCCGACAACGACACCGCCCCCGGUUCAACCGACUGUGCCCUGCGAUAGGACAUAUGAAGGAAGAAAUUUCUUGAUUGACGUGCACGAUUCGAACGUAUGCGUAUACACCAUCAAAAAAUCUAAUUGGGAUACGUGCGUUGUUAAUCUGAUGCUUGAAAUAUUCGAUUUGCCCUGUCGUUCCGGUUCUGUGACAAUCGGGGGAGUUGUCUAUUGCGGUCGCCUAUCUGGUCGAACAGUUACCUUAAAUUUAACAUAUGGUCCUCAACAAAUAAUAUACAGGGGAUAUAAAUCAGGUUCAAAUUUAAUUAGAAUAAGAGGAGAACAACUUCAAAACAGCUGUGAAGUUCCAGAAGUUGAACCAGCCAGACUAAAGAAGAACAAAACUGAUACCACUAAUGACACAAUAGCUUUCGCACUAAAAAAUAAACAGUUCAAAGAAAUUUGUGGGAUCAUAUCAAAGUCAGAAGAAUCUCUGUGUACUAAUUUAGUCGAAAACAACAAUGCCACAAAGUGCAUGAAGCUGUCAGAAGAUGCUUUGAAGGAAAUUACUUUGACCGACUCUAAGGAGCCAAUGAAAAAAAUUGAACUGACUUUAAAAGGAAACAAAAAACCGGAGGAAGUAGAAUAUCAAGAAAUAGAUUGUGAUAAAAUAUAAUAUGUAUAAUACU